AUGGGUACCCCGGAACUCGAUAUGCUGCAACUUCAAAUGGCUGGAUGGAGUCGUCAGUAUUUGAAAAUUUUAUUCAAAAGAUUUUUUUUCCACGAGAAACACCUAUCCUCUUACUUUAUGACGGUCACUCUACACACUUUGGGUAUUAACAUCAUACAAAAAGCACGAGAGGAAAAGAUAACAAUUAUGAAAAUCCCACCUCAUACAAGCGACAAUUUACAGCCAUUAGAUAUUGCCGUGAACAAAUCUUUUAAGGAUAAAGGGGACGUCGAAUUAGUAAAGUGGCAAAGAUUGCACUUUGGCAAAGUUUUGCCAAAUAAAGAUUUCUCAAGAAUUACAGGACAAGUGUGGGGUCAUAUCAAUCCCCUUGUAUGUGCGGCAGGUUUCCGUAAAGCUGGAAUAUAUCCGUUAAAUAAAAAUGCCAUCCCUGAAAAUAAAUUUGAUCCAAUUCUAUUAGCUGAAUGGAAAAGAUCUGCGAAACUGACGAAGAAGACGAACGAAGAGAUGAGCGAAAGACCAAAAACCUCAGUAGAUCAACCUAUUAAAAAACCUGGUAAACUUAGAAAAAUAGCACUAGCUUCUGUUAAUAAAAUAUUAUUUGAGGCACAAGUAGCUCCUCAACAUAUUUCAAUGCAUACAAUCUCUUUAGAAAAUGUCUGUCCCAUUUCAAUAAAUGAUGUUUUGAAUAAACGGAGUCAAGGAAAAGACGCACCAUUGGCAAACAUCACCAAUGUUCAACAACGUUCAAAGGUUCAGAUUAUUGAUAACCAACCUGUAAUUACCAAUAUUACAUUUGAACAGUUGCUCCUAAGGUCUGUUAAACCGGAAAAAUUAUCAUUUAUAGCAAAAAGGAAGAAAGUAGCGGCUGGCGCGGAAGUUAUCACCCACGACGAAGCGUAUGAAAGAUGUAAAGUAAUGGAAGCAGAAAAACAACAAAAGUUACAAAAACAAGAAGAAAAAAAAGUACAGCGAGAAAAACAGAUACAAGCAAAAGAAGGGGAUAGUGAGAAUAAAUACAACAGUAUACCGGGACCAUCAGGUCUUAAUAGAAAGAUAAAAAACAAAGACAAAUUUGAAACGGCAAUAAACAAAAAUAAUAAAAUGUCAGUUACAAUUUGUAAAAUCGGUAAAGACACUGGAAAAAAAAGUCAAGUAAGUUUGAAGGAAAAUAUGAAGAAUGUGAAAUUUCGUGCAAAGAAAAAAAUACAGAAAAAGAUCUUCAUCUACCAGCGUAUCCGAUUGCGUCAGCUUGCACGAUGA